AUGCCAAAGAUGGAGGCUCCGAAACAGGCUGACACCUCCUCCCCAUCUUCCUCCAAACGAGCAAACACCGGCAAGAGGACCAUCAAUCCCGCGGACUCGAGGCAAGAUGGCGAUGACCCCAUUGAUCCAACGCACUUGGACCCCGAAGAGAAGGCCUGGUCAACAACAAACUUCCUCAAGCAAACAAAGAAGGAAGAACCCACGAAUCCUGCAGAUCUCGACCCAGAAGAGAAAGCCUGGUCGACGACGAGAUACGAGGGCCCGACAACCACAACAAGCUCCUCCACUGUGCCACGGAUAUCGAAAGCCACGGACGAUCAAGACGAAGACGAGGACGACGAAGACGACGACGAAGAUGAUGAAGAAGAAGACGAUGAAGAUCCCGCAUCCGCCCUCCCUCCCCCGCGUCCGGCAUCCUUCGCCCCCUUCUACACCCUCAUCGUCGACCCGCAGACCAAACUCCACGCCCACCCCACCGUGCACUACAUUUUCGCCGACGACGACCCGGAGCUCCUCACGGACGCCCUCCUGCGCAGUGCGGAUUCCACGGCCGCCGGGAACGCCACGGGGGGACCCCCAGAGAGGAAAGCCCCGACGGGAGGAGAAGGAGACUCCGUCGUCGACGAGAGGACGGUGAUCAUCGACCUCGCGGCCGACGGGCGGAGCGUCCUCUCCGCGACGUCGCUGGCGCCGGAGUGGCAGGGCGUCACGACGGGGAUAUCGGCCGCGCCGAGCUGGCAAGGCGGUCACAACAACAGCAACAACAACGACCACGGUGGCGGCGGCGGCGCUGGUGAUGGUGGCGAAGGCGGGACGGGGAAGGAUCUGAUGUUGAGAAUCAGUGGGGUGGAAAGUCGCGACAGGGGUGGACCGAAGAAGAAUGAGUCGAGGGAUUUGGAGGCUUUGAUGAGGAAUUUCGAGAGUCGGCUGGGGGAGUUGGAUGGUGUUUUGGGUGGUGGUGGGGAGUUUCCCGAAGGAGAAUUGGAGGGUGAUGGUAAUGACGGCGGUGGUGGUGCAGUCGAGACAAAGCAUCAGCAGCAACAGCAGCAGCAGCAGGAGGAGGGAGAGGACGAGGAAGAGGACGAGAAUGAAGAUUGA